UUCACAAUGUCUGAUGAAAUGUUGUGUGGUGGAACAGCCCCAGCUCGAGAGCCCACUCCGGAUGAGAUCAAGUUGGUGAACGAAAUCAAAUCUGAAGUAGAGGCGAAGACGGGCAAAAAAUAUGACAUUUUUGAACCUGUUUCAAUUCGCACACAGCCGGUAGCGGGUGUGAAUUAUUUUGUCAAGGUAAGAACUCUUACUGUUAUUGCCGUUUUGAACGCGAUCAGACUAUGCACAGUUCGUGUUGGCGAUAACAGCUACCUACACUUGAGAAUUUUCUGGGAUCUUCAGCACAAGACUCAUCUGCAUGGUGUCAAGGAAGAAUUAAAGGAGCAUGAUGAGCUGGAGUACUUUUGA